AACAUCAGCAUCAUCUCCUCCAGGAACAAUGGCCAGCGAGCUGUGCUGAAGUUUACUGCUGCCACAGAAGCUACUCCAAUCACUGGCAGCUUCACAUCUGGGACCUUCACUAACCAGAUCCAAGCAGCCUUCAGAGAGCCACAGUUUCUAGUGGUGACUGAUCCCAGGGCUGACCAUCAGCCACUCAUAGAGGCCUCUUAUAUCAACCUGCCCACCAUUGCUCUGUGUAACAGAGAUUCUCCCCUGUGCUAUGUGGACAUUGCCAUUCCAUGCAACAACAAGGGAGCUCACUCAGUGGGUCUGAUGUGGUGGAUGCUGGCCAGGGAAGUACUCCGCAUGCGAGGUACUAUCUCCCGGGAGCACCCAUGGGAGGUCAUGCCUGAUCUUUACUUUUACAGAGACCCAGAGGAGAUUGAGAAGGAGGAGCAGGCUGCUGCUGAGAAGGCUGUGACCAAGGAGGAAUUCCAGGGUGAAUGGACCGCACCAGCUCCUGAGUUCACUGCUGCUCAGCCUGAUGUGGCCGACUGGUCUGAGGGUGUGCAGGUUCUCUCUGUGCCCAUCCAGCAGUUCCUCAUGGAAGACUGGAGUGCACAGUCCUUUCAAAUGCCUGGUAUAUCUAUCAAAGGUGAUUUGCAUUGGUUACCCAGCAUUGUUCAAGGUAUAGCAAUUUAUAACAACCACACAGCGAAUCCAGAGAGGACCUGA